AUGGUUGACAAAAUGUCACACCAGACAGAUAGAAUGGGAAGUUUGGCUAAUUUCGACCGUUUUGACAAGGCUGGAGAUUCGCAAUAUCCUACCAUUUGGGAAUACGCAGAAACAAACAACAAUGAUGGUGAGCUCGAACAAACAAAUGACUUCAUAACACAGAAUGAGAGCAUGGACGGAGAGCAACAACGGUUUGUGACAACAAUUGCCGAAUUUGCACGCGAGACAUCAGAACCAGAUCACAUGCCAGCAACACGGGCUGUGAGCUAUGAGCGAGUACAUCCAGUAAAGAGGCCAACUGCGUAUACUCGUCACUCUGUAGCUCAACAACGAUUUGUAAUUGAUAAACAAGUACUAAAUGAGCAACAGGCAAAUACAGUUUGCAAUGAUAAGGGUUCGGGGUUGCAGACGCACACUCUUGUAUUCGGACUAAGCUCAAAUGCUUCUGGCAGAAAAUUCAAACUGAAACAACAUCCUUCAAAAUCGUCUACGAAACUUACUACCCUGACCAACAAUCGCAACCCUGCCGCAUCAGAAAAGGCCGUUAACAAGACAUUAUCGCGGAAGUGCAGUGCCAAGUCAAAAGCUGGUAUAAAAUGCCGGCCUCUGGUACAUCUGCCUCCUGAGCCAUUGAUUGACAAAUCCAGUGAGCGGAACACUGAUUGUGACUUCGAGGAGGCGAAGAAUCUUCAGUCGGAGAAAUCGACUCAUAAAUCAAAUAAAGCUAGUGCAUCUCACACUACCCAAAGUAAAGCGUGCGAGAAGGAGAGUGGUGACGACGAUGGCAAUGACAACAGCGCGCAGGAUGGCAUGAAGGGAGGAAACACCAGUUUAGCCUCCAAUCCCUUAGCCGAUACAGUACCAUCUAGUUUGAGUUUAACCAUGGAGGAAUUCUUAUUUGAAAAUGCACAACAGGUCGAACAACUGGAACCGACGACAAACAUGAGUAUUGAGGAGUUUCUUCGGGAGAGCAAGACGGGAACACAAUCCGUGACUCAUUAACGCGCAACUAAAGUUGCGCACGUUUCCUUCCUUUCAUUUGAAGGAUAAACAACAAAAUCAUACAUAUGAAAUUUAUA